GUAUGGACGGUUUCAACGAGCGGUGGCUGCUGCCUCUGCACCUCCAUCAAACAAGCUUAUCUACGUUGAGGGUCAUGGAACGAGUCCCGAGGUGGCAUCGCAGAGCAGACUCUGCUACUCGCCUCGGCACGCACACAAACACGUACUCCAAACUCGCUCUCUUACGUAUCCCAUUGAUCUUUCCUUCUGCAUCCACAAAUUUAUUUAUUAUAAUCCAAACGCGAGGAGAAAAACGUUAAACAUCCUGCUGCGUAAUCAAAUAAGCAAGUCUUCCUCACAAUAAAUCGCACAGGGCCAAGCCUCGCCUCUGAUUCCUGCCGCUCCUCUGCUUUUAAUCUGCCACCACCUCGUUCUUGGGUUUGCAAGGAGUCGUCGAUAUAGAGAACAUCCCAUAGAGCUUCCCAUCGUAGUUUUCUUGGUUUCUGGGUUGCAGCUUGCAUCAUAGUUUUCUCGGGCUUGAUGGAGGUGAACGACUGGCUUGGCUUCUCCUUGUCUUCCAGCAGGGGAGAAGUUGAGGAAGAUGAGUUGCAUGGGAGUGGAGAGGGAGGGAAUGGUGAGGAGGUGGGGCUUACUACUGGCACUGACCCUCCUGUCAAUCCUCUUGUUCUUAUGCCUCUGAAUUCUGAUGCCUCCGUUUCCCUCAUGGAACCACCCUUGAGGCAUCCCCCUGCUUCAGACUGGAAAUAUGAUGUAAUUGCCAGCCCUAUCCAUGAUGAACAAGGGCCAAAGUUUGAGGAUUUCUUGGGUAGCUACUCAGGGAAUCCCAAUGGUGAGCACCAAUCCCUGCAACAACAGCAGCCCAUCUCGCAGUUCCACGACUUGUAUUAUCACCACAGCUCGGGCGUAGAUGGAAUCAAUGUUAACAUUCCCCCUUCAAUCACCUCCACCGAGAUAACACCGGCAGCAGAAAAAGGCGAAGUGGGAUACCCCUAUAUUCACUGCUUCCACCAGCACCACCACCACCCUCACCAAUCGUUUGAUGAUCGAAUCACCCCCAAGCCGGCGUUCCUCAUUGCAAAUGCUAACCAAAGCUCCACUACAAGUUCCAUCUAUAAUUUAGGAAUGGAAAGUUCAACCUCCAUUUCUAGCAUGAAAUCAUGGCUACGGCAACACCAAUAUGUACCGGAUAAUAGGAAACUGAACAAGGCAAGUGAGUCCCAAUCAUUAAGCCUCUCUAUGGGCCCUGGUUUUCAGACUUGUUCUCAUGAAAUUGUUCUGCCCACUGAGGAAUCUUUGCCGGAAGCCACCACCGAUCUCAAUUGUUUGAAUGGAAAAUCAUCAGCCCAUGAACUGGUUCCUCGCAAGUCUAUUGAGACUUUCGGGCAAAGAACCUCACAGUAUAGGGGAGUGACAAGGCAUAGAUGGACUGGAAGAUAUGAAGCCCACCUGUGGGACAACACAUGUAGAAGGGAAGGUCAAACAAGAAAAGGAAGGCAAGUUUAUCUUGGAGGGUAUGACAAGGAAGAAAAGGCGGCAAGGGCAUAUGAUUUGGCUGCACUCAAGUAUUGGGGGCCAACAACUCACACAAAUUUUCCGCUGAGCACCUAUGAGAAUCAGCUUGGAGAGAUGAAGAACAUGACCCGUCAAGAGUUCAUUGCCAGUCUUCGAAGGAAGAGCAGUGGCUUCUCGAGAGGGGCAUCGGUUUAUAGAGGAGUGACAAGGCACCACCAGCAUGGGAGAUGGCAAGCUAGAAUCGGAAGAGUCGCAGGCAACAAGGACUUGUACCUUGGCACUUUCAGCACUCAAGAGGAGGCUGCAGAAGCCUACGACAUCGCCGCCAUCAAGUUCAGGGGGCCAAAUGCAGUGACGAACUUUGACAUCAGCAACUACAAUGUCAAGCGCAUUUGCACGAGUUCCCACUUAAUCGGUGGCGACCUCACUAAACGACCACCAAAAGAAACCACUCCCACAUCGUCUGAUCAGAUGACCAUUGCUGAGCCUCCAAACUCAGGUCCGAAUGAAAUGCUGUGGAAUUCAAAGGCCUACUAUGCUCCUGACCCUUUACUGUCAGAUGCUCCACCUGAAGUUUCACCUUCAGUGAGAAAUAACCAUAACUCUUCAGAUGACAAGGCAGAAACCUUUACACACGAUGUAUCCUACCAUGGUGGUUACAGAGAUUACUCUCCGGCAUACUUCUGCCCGGCCGCGAUGAAGUUUGAGUACGGGGACGGUAGCAACACAGCAAAUUGGAGAGUGGCAACUGCUAGGCCUUCGGAGGUUGUAACGGUCAAUCAAUUUCCAAUGUUUGCCGUGUUGAACGAUUGAAGCAUCAGUAGCUAGUCCUCUUUUGAUCCUUCUCGGUUAUCAACCAAAGACGACAACAAUUUUAGCCAAACUUCUGCCAAAAGCUCCACUGAAAGUUCACAGAUGUGUUACUAAUUUACCUAAAGUUUCAACGAUAAUGCCAACUUUGUUUUGUUACAUUACUUCAAGAUAACUGCAAUAUUGUAGAAUGUUGUAAUGUCUUAACUUUCAACUUCAAGUACUUAAAAUUUGGUUAGAGAAUCAGAAUGGUAAA